CAGCAUUCAUACAACAACCAAAUUGACAUCAUGUUCUCCAAAGUUUUUGGUAUCAGCGCUGUUUUAGCGGUGGCCUCUGCAGGCCUCCUCCCAGCUGCCCACUACUCACCAGCGUCCGCAGUGUCUUCACAAAGCAUUGUCCGCCAUGAGCAGCCAAUCGCCGUAGCCGCUCCCGUCGCAUACCAAUCUGCUCAGCUGGCAUACGCCUCUCCCGCUCGUUACUCCGGCGCUGUCUCAUCUCAAAACAUCGUCCGCCACCAACAGCCCAUUGCCUACAACGCCGCACCUCUAUCUUAUGCCGCACCUCUAUCUUAUGCCUCACCUCUCUCUUACGCUGCUCCCGCUCGUUACUCAUCUGCCAUCUCCUCCCAGAACAUCGUUAGUCACGGACAGGCUAUUGCUCCCGCCCGUCUGGCUUACCAAGCUGCCCCUGCUGUGAUCGCUCCCGUUUUCCACGCUGCACCUCUUGUCCAUGCUGCUCCAGCCCGCGCCAUCAUCGCCCAACACGAGGAAUACGACGCCCACCCCAGCUACGACUUCUCCUACUCCGUCGCCGACGGCCACACCGGUGACAACAAGUCCCAGCACGAGACCCGCGACGGAGAUGUUGUACGUGGUGAAUACUCCCUGGUGGAAGCUGAUGGCUCAAUCCGCCGCGUAGAGUACUCCGCUGAUGACCACCAUGGCUUCAACGCUAUUGUCAGCAACUCUGCACCCGCUCACGCCGCUUCUGCCUACGCACCAGCUGCCGUUCUUGCUCACCAUUAAAUAAUUAAAGUAACCAAUAACUUCCAAGUGUGUUCAUGUGAUAUAAUAUAAUUUAAAUAUUUAAUAUAAUUAAAAUAUAUUUAAAAACUGAAGUCUUCUAUUACUUAUUAGACGUUGUACUUGUAUAUUAUCUUCAAGGAAGUAUAUUUUUACAGUCUAUACAUUUUUAUUAUUGUUAUUUGGAGAACUGGU